AUGCCUGCAGUAUCAGUGAGUCUUGCUAUUCUCAGCACCAAGCUACAACUCGUCAAAGAGAAAAGUAAAGUCGAUCUCUUGACCAAUUUUCUGCCAAAACGGCUGUGCUCUCAUUCCUCUUGCUCUCAUUGCCCAUCUAUCUACUCCCUGCCCACUUAUCUUACUCUCGCUCUAUCACAACAUCUGACUUUGUUAUAUUCCACUCAUGAGAAAUGCGCCCUUUUUGGCGAGUUUAAUAUGGCGUCACCUGCUGCUUAUCUUGUCCCUCCUCCCAUUCGGUUUGCUGAUCUAACCAGGGUAUCCAACUCGAUCGCCCUAAUGGGCCCGUACAUCCGUUUUUAA